AUGCACACCGUUAUUUGUAGGCCUCUUUCGGCGCAGCGUAUCGUCAUACCUUGGAAUAACGCACAUGGCUUCACCACCCCGAAGCGUUUCUCCGUUAGUGCUCCCAGCAGGGUUAUCCAGACGCCAUUGACGGAUGUUCUGAAUAUUCGAGCACCCGUCAUCAUGGCUGCUAUGCAGUGGUAUGUUCCUAUCACCUACCGAUCUGCGGCCAUCUCGAAUGCAGGUGGCCUUGGCAAUAUAACGGCUCUAAGCCAACCCAAUCCAGAUGCUCUUCGCACUGCUAUUCGUGAGAUGAGGCAUAUUACCUCUAAACCAUUCUCUGUCAACAUCACCACGCUACCUGCCAUAAAUCCUCCAGACUACCAAGGCUAUGCCAAGGCAGCUAUUGACGAGGGAGUGCGUAUCUUUGAGACUGCUGGAGAUAUAACCAGCAGCUUGAUUGCAUAUUUCAAAUCAGAGGGUUGUAUCGUCUUGUACAAGGGUGUCAAUAUUGAAGACACCAAGACAGCAAUUGGGCAUGGUGCAGACGUGAUUACGCUGGAUGCCAAUGAAUGUGUCGGAUUCUCCUGGGAAGAAGAAAUUGGGGGAAUAGUAUUGCUCCCACUGGCCGCGAAAGAGUUGAAAGUUCCAUUCGUUGCAUCUGGAGGCCUGGCUGACGGAAGAGGGCUUGCCGGCGCACUGGCUUUAGGUGCUUCAGUGAGUGGAUUUUGCACACGAAUCAUGUGUACCAAGGAGAGCACGAUUCAUCAAAGCAUCAAAGAAAAAAUGGUCCAAUCAAAUGAAACAGACACAGUUCAUAUUUUCAAGACUUUAAAUAACAAGACACGUGUAUUCAAGAACAAAAUCUCGAAGGAGGUGGUUGCAUUGGAAAGUCGUCCUGGAGGUGCCCAAUUCGAAGAACUACGUCCUCUUGUAGCAGGAGCGAGAGGGAGACUGGUUUACGAGAAUGGCGAUCCAGAUCACGGUAUAUGGGCAGCAGGCCUAUCAUUAGGAUUGAUCCAUGAUAUCCCAAGUUGCGAGGAACUAUUAAGGAGGAUUGAAAGCGAGGCUGAGGACAUACUAGCCGGAGGGGAAAAGUUCAAAAUUAUCAAAUCCUAG